AUGUCUUCGUCUCCGUCGGCGGACCGCUCUGCCCCGCACCUCCGCAAGCCCCUUGUCACUAGCAAGGGCGCGGGCGGCGACAUGUCCAUGAUGUUUUUCGCCCAGCCUGACUGCCCCGCGAGGUUCGCCCAUCAGGACGAGCACCGCAUUAGGGGCCUUAACGCCGAGGCCAUCGCCCGCGUCCUCCUGCCGGUGCCCUCGUGGCUGCUAGAGUCAGAGUACGCACCCCUCCGGGCCGAGGGCGACGCUCUAGGGCCCUCUCUCUUCUUUAGCCUAAACCUCUCCAUCUACGGCCAGCCGGUCGUCGAUACCGACUGGUCCGAGCAGUGGUUCUUUAUGAGCGGCCGCGUUCACCCCUACGCCCUCUCCUGGGAGGUGGAGCGCCGCGACGGGCUCGAGGCCGGCCCGGACGAUACUAUUCUCUACACCGUGCCCGCCCUUAUCGUCCGCGACCGAGGUUACCAGCCCGUCCUGCCGCGCUUCUUGGCCUCUGGCAGCCAGUUCCCGUCUACGCCUCCCGUCGUCUCUUUCCAUGGCGUAGUAGCCGGGCCUGGCCUCGACCUCCUACGUCCAGACUUCCUGCCCGGUCUCGGGCCCGACCAGCUCCGCUGCUGCGGCUUCGUCCGGCUCACGACCUACAUCGCCCCUGGCCUGCCGGACAGGAUUCCCUUUAAGGGCUACCACCCCUUCGAGCCUAACUCUUCCUUCAUACCCGGCGUCCCCUUUACCUGCACCGGAAAGGUCGUCGGCAUUCUCGACCACCGCGUUAUGCUCUGUCCCCCGGGCUCAGAGCGCGAUUACGUUUUUAUCGUCGUCCCGGACAGCUGGACCUUUGUCGAUAGACCCUCGGCCGCCGCCGCCGCCUCGGCCUCCCCCCUCACUACGCCCUUUAGGCCUCAGACCCAAUCCGCCUCCUCUACCUUCGAUUCCAUCCGCGCCGCCUUUUACUCCGUUGCUGCGCCGGCCUCGGCCGCAUCGGUCCCCCCUUCCUCGGCGUCGGCCCCGAUCGCCCUCGACCCCGUCACGCCGCCUCCUAAGCGCUCCCACCCGGCCCUUGCCGAUACGCCCAUGAAGAGGGCGCGCUUGCUGCAGCUGCAGCAUUCGCCGCCUUCCUCGUCAUCGAACACCGUCGGCUCCGCCGCCCCCUCCUCCUCUCCCCCGUCAGCUGCUUCUUCGUCUCGACCAGACGGCGCCCCGCCCGCUCCCGCUCCGACGGCCAGCCCGGGUUGCCCUCUCGACUCUAUCAUAGCGAGCACCUCCGACCCGCCCGCUCGCCCUCUCCGCUAUCGCAUGCAGAAAUAA